GACGUUUAUAGCAGAGGGACACUGUGAAAUGAUGGUAAACACUAAGACCACCUCCUUUUGAAACCACAAACUCCUCCAGCAUCCACCCAAAGGCUUCCGGCAGGACUUAAUCCUGACUGCAAUAUGAAGGCUCCAUAAGGAUCAUUGUCCAGAUGCCGAAGUGGUUGGACCUAACUCGCAUGAGCUGUGAACGAAAGAUGGAGGGCCUGAGUCAGCUGGACGCAGUGGCCGACAUCAGUCCGGCUCUGGAGGCUACCGAGGACUUCACCGCCCCGGGCGACCUCACUCCUCCCAAUAAGCAGAUGUCCGGACAGCCCAAGAAGCUCCAGGAGGCGUCGAGCGCGGCACUGGCUAAACUGAGCUCCAGCGGCGUGUGGAGCCUCCUGGCCGGCCAGCAGCCCGAGGUGGGCUCGCUUGGCCUGGCCUGGGCCGAAGGCCGGACCGUGGUGGGCCUGCGGCAUGGCAAGAGGAGCCGGGCGCGAUCCACCAAUGACCUGCUAGCGCACGGCAAGGAGGGCGCCGCACUGGCUGCCAACACUGCCACCAACGCCGCCUUUAAGAAGGGACAUAACAGGUCCAGGUCCGACGUUAACUACCGAACGGCCGCCUACACCGACAACGGGCUCCCUGCUGUGGACACCCUGAAGAACACAAUCCUAAAGCACCAAAUGGAAGAUGAAAAGGGGAGCAGCAGUAGUAGCAUCGUGUUGAAGCAGGCGGAGAUGGAGUGUCGCGAGGUCCCGCGGGGCCGCUGGACCGAGUGCCACGUGGAGCUGACGCCCUGCGAGCUGCGCCUCUAUAUGCUAGACAGCAGCGCCAACCGCCAGCUGGGCACCGCCUACUCGCUGUCGCACUGCCAGGGUGUGGCGACGCCCGCACCUUGCCAGCCAGCCGACCCGUGCACCCUGCAGGCCGUCUUCUUCAACAGCACGCGGGUGCAGCUGCGGGCCGCCACCCAGUGGGAGGCGUCUGAGUGGCGGCGUCUCGUGUGGGAGAAGGUGCAGGCGGUGAAGCCCGUCAGGCAGAGGAAAGCGAUGGCGGAGAAGGCCGCCGACUCUGAUGGCGUCCACCCGCUGAGCCGCCCCACCACCUUGCCCCUGUUCAGCCAGCGCUGCCAAGAUGUCCUUAAAGCGGGGCUCCUGCACCAACUCCUUGACCAGAACAACUGGUGCGCCUUCACCUUCGUCUUGAGCAGUACCACCCUGCAGGCCUUCCCCACCGAGGGGCGGGGCCCCGUGUCGCGUCCCGUCCGCCAAUACGCGCUGACCUCCUGCCUGGGCGUGCAGCCGGAUCCCGAGUUCCCGGAUCGGGGCGAGCGCUUCCAGGCAGUGUUCACCGACGACGCGCUUCGACUCCGAGCCGACACCGCCAACAAAGCCCUGGAGUGGAUGGAGGCCCUCAGGGGGGUGGCGGGCGCCCAGCGGCUUGCCCGGGAGGAGUGCUAUUCUCCGGUGCCGCAGGGUGUCCUGCUGAGGUCCAAAGAGAGGAGGCAGAGGGAGCAGAGAGUCAAGCGGCAGUCGGUCACCACCAGCUUCCUCAGCCUCCUCACCUGUGUUGCCCUGGAAAAAGGACUCACCGCUCAGGGCUUCACGUGCGCAGGCUGUCAGCGUCCCGUGGGCGCCUCAAGGGGCAAAGCCAAAGUAUGCCACUACAGCGGCUGGUAUUACUGCCAAAACUGCCACCAGGACAACACCUUCCUCAUCCCCGCCCGCCUGCUACACAACUGGGACACCAGCAAGCACAAGGUGUCCAAGCAGGCCAAGGAGUUUCUGGAGUUUGUGUACGAGGAGCCCCUCCUGGACGUGCAGCAGCUGAACGGGGGUCUGUACGAGCACUGCGAGCCACUCAGCGCCGUGCUGCGCCUACGCCAGCAGCUGCAGUCGCUGCGCGCCUACCUGUUCAGCUGCCGCGCCGCCAUCGCAGAGGACUUGCGACGAAGAAUUUUCCCUCGAGAGUAUUUGCUGCAGCACAUUCAUCUCUACUCCAUUGCGGACCUGCAGCAGGUGAUUGAUGGCCACAUGGCUCCCUUCCUGUCCAAAGUCAUCAAGUUUGCCAGUGCUCACGUGCUGGGCUGCACGUUGUGCCGACAGAAAGGUUUCAUCUGCGAACUGUGCCACAGCGGACACCUCAUCUACCCUUUCCAGGACAGCACCACCAGGAGGUGCUCGGGCUGCGGCGCCGUCUUCCACACCGAGUGUCGCCAAAAGUGUCAGCCGUGUCCCCGAUGCGUCCGACGCGAGCUCCACCACACCAAACGGCCAUCGUCCUUCUGGUCGCCAGACGACGACCAACACCUGCCCUACCAGGACACUUGAGACACGCCCACAAAAUGGCCGACACCAGUCGUGGUGGUCCGAGCCCACUUAAGGGUAAGACACUUUGGGGAGCGUAAAUGUUGCACAAGGACUUCUUUAUACGGCUUCACAAAUAGUCGGCGGCUAUGCAGCGACUAUAAAAUGGCCGCCGCUGUUUGAACACGCAAAUCAAUUUCAAACUAAUCACCGAGUCAUGUUGUGGAGAGGUAUGUCAUAAUUGUCACAAAUUGUUUUUGUCACUCCCAACAGGUUUUUCACUAGAGUGGUGCUAAGUGGUAUUACUACAUAUUGUUAAUAUUUUUGUUGGCUACGUUCAACAGUUUUACUCUACAUUCAAUACUCACACAAUUGUCAAACGUAGACAACCAUUAAUUACUUGUAACAAUUAAUAUAUAAUUGCCAUACUUUGGUGCUAUCACGUUAGCUAAAAAUACUUUUUGGACGUAAAGUACAAUGUAGACUACAAUUGCAAUUUAUAUUGCAUUAACAUAGAAAAUAUUGGUAAUAAUUUAAUAAUAGGGUUAUGUUUGACUAAAGAAAAACUAAACGAUUAGAAAAGACAGAGUCAGCUAAUAAAGGACAAUUUGACAUUAGCGUGAUCCAAGUAUCACUGUUAGCUUUCAGCCGAGGUUUGGGGUGCACCCCGCUGACUGCCCAAAAAUUGUUGGAGUGAUCAUGAGGAUCAGAUAAUGGUUGGAUGGACUUGAGUGUUCAAGGUCACGUUUGCGAUGAUGCCAUUUUGUUAACAUGUGCUAUCCUAACAUUAUAUCGACAUUUGAGCCAUAGGAUUACAAAACUAUUUUGCAUUUCUAUUCAGGGACUAAUUAAAUUGUACUUGGCCAAAAUAUUUAAUUUUAUUUAUGUUUUUGUUUUCAACUAUCUUUGCUGACCUAUGAGGAAAAAAAGACUUUACUUGUAUUUUUUGUUAAUGUAGCUUUCAUUUAUUUUGCCAACAAAUGUUUGUUUUUGUGAAGUAUUAAAUGAAGCACUUUAAUUUGAA